UCCCAAAUGCUUACUUCGUUUUCAUGUACAGUGAACAAAACAGAAGUGACCCUAUCAAACGGUUUCGGCGACGCGAUGAUUUCUAAGUACCGCCAUUUGACACUUUCCCUCCCUGCUUAUAUAAAAUGCUUCUUUCCCAUCCCUAACAUGGAAUAUGCUUGCGUCCAUUCCAUUUCACUCCACAUUUUCUUUCGAUGAACAUUUCCUUCAGAUCUGCUUCCUCUUCAACGUGCUCUCUCUCGCAUCGCAUCCAUGCCUUCUCACUCUCGAAUUUUCAACCACCUACAUCUCUCUCUUCCUCUCCAUCUCUCUCGCAACAAACACCAAUCUCUCCCUCCAACCACUUCCUUUGCAUGUUCUUCCCGCUCCCUUUUCGGUUCCGCCACUCUCCAGCGUUCAAUUCCUUCUAUGCAGUUACAUCCCUUGAUCAUUCAGCAGUAUGAAUGCGGCGCUUUGCGUAAUGUCGUUCCUACGAGAGCCUUAGACGAUGACUCGUUUGACAUACCAAUGUUUGAUGAUUGGAAUGCUGCUGAUGAAAGUUCUGCGUAUGUGUUCUCCUCCAGUGAUGGGGAAGAUUAUGAUGGUGAAGUUUUUCUCACUCCUGUGAAUGACCUUGAUUUGCCUUCUGUUUCUGCAUCAAAUGAUGAUGCUGUAACAGUGGCUGCUCACAGGUUUGCAACCCUUGGGAGGGGACAGAAGAAGCCUAGGACCAAACUAGGAAUUUUCAUCACUAUGGGGCUUAUAAUUGUCUUGACAUUACUGCUGUUGUAUGUGGAUUGGUGUGCGUGGAGAAUUGUUAGGCUUCCCUUAUCACCUUUUUACUUAACCCGUCCAUUUCUCAUAUCAGCCUUUUUGGUUUCUUUUGCUGGCUAUGUGGGCAUCCCAAUUUUUCGUCUUUUUAAAUUUAUCCAUGUAAUCAAGCAACAAGGACCUGCUAGCCAUCGAACGAAAAGGCUUACACCAACACUGGGUGGUUUGCUUUUUGUACCUAUUGGUAUAAUUGUAGCUCAUGUCUAUGCUAGUUCCUCGUCAACAGAAGUUUCUGGGGCAGCUGGCGCAACUAUUGCAUUUGCUGCAGUCGGUUUACUUAGUGAUAUAUUAAGCCUCACCAAUCAUCGGAGAGUUUUGCCUGUAUUGACAGAAGUUCUUUUGCAGGUAGCCGUUGGGACGUGGUUUUCAUUUUGGUUGGACAUCACCAGUAUAUCUUCACCCUAUGGCAUGAAGAUGCUGGUUCCUCUGCCAUUGGGCCUCGUGUACUUGGGAAGAUGUUACCAACUCUUGACAUCAUUUAGUUUUGUUUCCAUGGGACAUGGUGUUAAACUAGCAGAUGCUAUUGACGGAUUAGCUGGAGGUACUGCUGCACUGGCGUUUACUGGAAUGUCAAUAGCUGUUCUUCCAGUAUGUUCUGUUCUAUAAUCCAUAAAAGGAGUUAAAAAAAGGACUGUAUACAUUACAGCAACAACAAUAGCAAAGACCAAUUUCAGUAGGUGAAGUAGGUUAUGAGGAUCAUUUGAUGCCCUUGGUUCAGUGACCGGGUCUUCAAGGAUAUUAUUUACCAUGAGAUCUUUUCUAACAACUUUCGCCGAUGUCUGUCUUGGUCUCCUUUUCCCCCUUUCACAAUUCUUUCCAGUGACCUAUAUUCCCGUUCAAACUACUAUAACCGUUAUUAUUAUUUUUUCCUUAAUCAGCAAGCACCAAUAUCAACAUGUCUAUAAUCAUUUUAUAUCUUGUCCUUUCUUUUCUAGUCAAAUAUUCAUCUUUCCAUUCUCAUUUGCUUCUUCCACAUUUUUCUCGUCUCUUUAUAGUUCAUUAUCAGUGUUUUCAAAGCUUAAUUGCUUUCCUUGAUUCUUCAACUAAAACUAUAACAUAUUUUUCCUGUGUCUUUGGUAAGCAUAUCAAAGCGUGUAGAUUAAACUAGUAAGGACUCGAGGCUUAGGGUUGCAAUCCUAUACCUGAUUCCAUUUUGGAAAGUCAUCCUUCGUCUUUCCGCCUACUGUUCUAAUAUUUGUAUGCAUGUCUUUUACCUGGAAGUUAGCAUCGCGAACACCUUUCUCUUCCAUAGCUUUUUGCAAUACUUUCCUUAGCACUUGAUUAAAACCCUUUUCCAGAUCAACAAAAACUAUAUGUAAAUCUCUUGUUUUGUUUUGGCAUGUUUGAAUCAACCCCUAUGGACUCAUGUUUAAAUAUAUGAACUCUCAAAUUUAGAAGGAAUAAUGUUUUUUUCAUAUAUUAAUAAUGAGGCCACUGGACCUAUAAGUACAUGAGUCUGCUGGUUAUUGUAGGAAGAGGGCUAAUUGAAUCAUUCUAAGGAAGCAAAUCCCAAUAAUUAUAGAUUGUUUCUACAUACAUAAUCCUAGUAUUAAUUGCAACAUAACUUUAAUAAAAAAACAAAAUUAUAACAAGGAUACAUAGUGCAUUUGAGAUCUUAAUUCAUAGACCAGCAUCCCCUACAGUUCUUUUGUAAACUGUGUGAAUUUCAUUCCCUAAAAUAAUACACUUUUAUAUUAAAUGUUUAAGUAAAAUUUGGUUAAAAAGUUGUUCACCAUAAGAUUGCCAUUCUUUUGAAAACUUUAGAGGAGUCGUAUCCUCAUUUGACCUUAUUUCGGCCGCAGUUACUCCAAACAUCUUCACUUCUAAUGACAAUAAUGUCCUUCAUGGCCAAUUCAUGAGUUAAAUUUUUUCUUCAAUUUUAGUGCACCUUGAUCACUAUUAACUAUCACGAUCUAUAUCUUGUUCAUUUUAGUUAUUUUUAACAUCAUGGUACCCGUUCCGGCUUUCACUGAUCAGAAGGGCAAAUCUCUGUUCUCUUUAGGUGUCUUCAAUUGUCAAUUAAAGAUACAUUGAUCUUCCUUCUGUUAUUAAUACUCAUUAUUUCCCGUACAAGUUCCUGCGACACUGGUCAGAAAGGAAAGUCUCAGUCAGUCAGUUCUCUUAAGACCUAGUGAUGUAGGCGUAGCAACUUUGCUUUUUGUAUGAUGAUACAAAAAAUGGUCAUUUUUACUAUGUAGAAUUAAUAUUUCCUUAUAAAAUAGACUUGCUUGAUAUAUAUCUUUUCUUUUUCUUUUUGUGAACAUG